GUAUGGCGUUUUCCGGAAUUUCUCAUCGGCCUUUUCACCGACCCGCUUAAGAAUUUGCACGGACUUGCUGACACAUACCCACCAGAAAAGGGCAAGACUUCCCACAGUGAAUAUUUUAAUUUGGACACCUCAAAGGCUCGUCUCCUGUGCAAUUGCAUCGGUCUUUCCCCAAAACACUUGACAAGUUCUCUCCUGUUGCAUCCGAUCGUGCAGUUAUGCAUUCGACUCAUUGGUUUAGAUUCUUCGAAGUUGGAUCUCAAAUUCAGAUCCCCAGAACAUGAACUUGCUGGCCUAUCGUUAAGUCUCAAUCUAUCUCUCUGCUCAUUCAUGCAGGAUUCGGAUGCUUUGAAGUUAGCUACCAGUCUCUUUCAUCUCAUUGAUACGAAACGCUAUUUUAAAAACCCCACUGCGGCCUGCUACGUUUUGCGGACGACAUAUGUUCUCGUGAAGCGAUCUGACGACAUAGCCUCCCUGGCUAAGGCUACUAAUGUUGGAGAGCAUGUAUCAGAGCUUUUAAAUCAAGCAGAGAAUGCUUUCGAUGCAGAUGCUAUUGCCAAAUCCAACGAUGGUCACUUGAAUUCCGUCGAAAUUGAUCGCUGGGUCGCUGCGGAGUUGACAGCUAUGCUUAAGUGA